GAAGUUUCCCCUCACAAAAAGAAGGAAAAACAAAAAUAAAAAACAAAAAAGGAGUAAAUGUUUCCCCUCCAAAUUCUCCCGCCAAAAACAACAAAGGAGUAUAUACUUUAAUGGCUGGCUCCCAAUUUUCUCCUAGGGCUACUAGCAACGACGAAGAAUGAAUCAGGGCGCCGGCGUUAAUGGCGGUGGCGCGGCCCCAACUGGCUGCUACAAGUGCGGCCGCCCCGGCCACUGGUCGCGGGACUGUCCUUCCGACCCCAACACUUCCGAAACCAACAACAACAACAACAACAACAACAACAACAACAACACUUCCGACCUCGAUCCAAACUCAAGGUUCACUUCGAGGCCGCCCUUCCCCGCACAGAAGCCCAAGCAGAAGCCGCCGAGAAGAGUCAGGCCCAAGCUCACUCCCGAUCUGCUCCUCUCCGAUGCCGGCAUUGGUCACAUCCUCCGCUACUUCCCGCCUGCCCUCAAAUGCCGCGGCCGCGGCCACGAGGUUGAUGAUCUGAGACACCUACUUCGGAUGUAUGCUGACUGGCACUCGCGAUUACUUCCCUAUUAUAACUUCGAACAAUUCGUAGAUAAGGUGGAACGAGUGGGUAGCUCAAAGCGUGUCAAGGUGUGUCUUAGAGAACUACGUGAUAAAAUUUCCAAUGGAAUAGACCUAAUAAAGCUGCAGGAGCCUCAAGUUCAACAAGACUCAGUUGAUGAACAAGAUAAUACAAGCGGCCUCAACAUGCCAAGUAAUAUCCAGGAGAAUAAUAAUAUGCAAACUGAAGAUAAUAAUAAUUUUCAGGAAGACAUGCCUCAAAGCAUCUGGGAGGAAGCCACUCAAGAACCUUCACAGUCUGUGCAUAUUGAAGAUGUUGCUGAUAUAUCUAGAGCAGAGGAGGUGCCAAAUCAGACAGUGGAAGCGAACCCUGGUAGUUCUAAUACAUAUGUAAUGUCAGAAGAACAAAAGGCUCGCAUGGAAGCUAGCAGAUUGAGAGCAUUGGAGAGAGCAGCUGCUAGGUCCCGCUUCCGCCCUUCACAAGCUUGAUGAGCUCUUUCAUUUCAACAUGUUUUGAGAUUUGUGUAAAUAUAUUGUUGUGAUCGAUAUGUUUCUGGGUUAGUAGUAACUAUUAACAGAAGCAAAUUUCAACUCCCAAGUCAUUUGAUCAUCUACUUUUAUUAAA